AAUAAAAUGGGCCGUGGGCCUUCCUUGGGCAGAGGCACAAACCGUUUCUUCCUUUGAGGUGAUCAGCCAGACUCGGAAGAAAUCAGAACCAGAAUCAGAGGGGACACAGAGAGAGAGAGAGAGAGAGAGAGAGAAUUUGGGAUGAUGGGCAGCAGGGGGAGCAGAGAAGAUGAUGGAGGAGCGGGGAAAGGUUUGUUGUGGAAGCUUCCAAUCCUCAGAACCCAGCAACUAGGGAAGGUGGGUCCCGCCUUUGGCCUCGGCGCUGGCUGCGGCUUAGGUUUCGGCAUCGGCCUCCUCGGCGGCGCAGGAUUUGGUCCUGGGAUUCCUGGCUUGCAAGUUGGCUUUGGCCUUGGUGCUGGAUGCGGGGUCGGCUUAGGAUUCGGCUACGGUGUCGGAAGGGGCAUUGCUUACGAUGACAAUCGCAGAUACUCUAAUGUAGGCAACCUUUUUCGUGGUGAAAAUGUCGGCAUUUCUCCUGCUACUCAGGAUGAUAUUGGUGCACUUGUUGAGGAGCUUGUUGAUAAUACGAAGAAACUUGUCAGAGCUACUACAAGAGAGAUGGAGAAGUGGAGAAGAUGAGGUUGCUUUUGUGAGUUUUUUAUGAGUUCAUUCUCAGUGUAUAUUUGGAAUGAAUAUGAUUUAUAAUAUACAAAGCUAAGUUAUAAAAAUAUGCAUGUUUGGGAAUGGGGAUUACUAAGACAUGUAGUGUAUAUCUCCAUUGUCGAGGCAUACCAAUGCUUAUGAUUCUGUACACUGCCAUUGAAGAAAACACUUGUGACUCGCAUUACUUGUCUUUAGGAUUUCAACAUGUAGCUUUGUGGUUUGUA